AACAGAACUAUUACUUUAUGUUAGAGUUCAGUAGCAAUAAAUAACUAACAAAACUGUUACAUUGAUUUUGAUAAUAAAAAGGACUUUGCCUGGAAAAGCUUGUAGAAGUGCAUGAUGAAUCGAAUACUAAUUUAUAUUGCUGUCAGUCUACUAUGUGACUUGACAUAUGGAGACACAGUUAUGAAAAGUCUGCUUGUGACCAGCGGGAAAAAUGGAGCUGUUUGUGGAGAUGGUUUGAGAUAUUCCGAAGGACAAGGAUGUGGAGAUAUUGAUGAAUGCAGAGAGAUAGUUCCCUGUCAACUUGGACAGAGAUGCAGGAAUUAUUAUGGAAGUUAUCAAUGUGUAUGUCCAAGGGGAUACAAUAUGGAUAUCAAAACAAAUGAAUGUGUGGAUAAAGAUGAAUGUGCCAUGGGAUUUUGUGGUAAUGGACAAAAAUGUACCAAUACACUUGGAUCAUUUCAUUGUGAAUGUUCACAAGGAAUGCAAAGGAUUGGAAGAUUCUGCAGAGACAUAAAUGAAUGUAUGCACAAGCCAUGUGCAGAUAACCAGUAUUGCAUUAAUACACGAGGUAGUUAUGUAUGCCAAUGCAAAGCGGGAUACAGAGAAGCUGGUAAUGGAACCUGUGCUGAUGUGGAUGAAUGCAGACAAGGAAUGUGUGGUGCUCUUGGAGAAACAUGCAAGAACACUGAUGGUUCUUAUGAAUGCGUAUGUAAACCUGGCUACGGAAAAGAUGAAAUGACACAAGGAAGAUAUUGCAAGGAUAUUGAUGAAUGUAAAAUAAGAUCCACCUGCCCACAAUAUUCUGAAUGUCAAAAUUUGCCAGGAUCAUUUUUAUGUAGAUGCCACAGAGGAUUCACAUACAUAAAUGGAGCAUGUGUGGACAAACAUGAAUGCACCCAUGGUGAGGGAAGAAAAUGCCAAUGGAAAUGCACAGAUCUUCCAGGCUCAUACAAAUGUAUCUGUCCUGAAGGAUAUGAACAAAUCAACUUUAAUUGUAUUGAUAUCAAUGAAUGUGAUCGUCACAUGUCAUCAUGUGGUAGUGGGGAAACUUGUGUUAAUACAAGAGGUGGUUUUGAAUGUGUUCGACCUCCGAAAUGCCCACUUACUGCAAGCGGUGACAGCAUUUACAGAAAAGUGAUGAAGACAGAUGAGUUCGGUUACCGACAGGUGGGCAAGGCCCAUUUGGUAACAACAAAUAUCUGCAGAAGACAAAGAUGUGGAAAAAUGGCUGAACGUGAUUCUAUGUCUGUGAAAGAAUGCAAGGCAGAGCCAUUGAGUGUUUCUUAUCACUAUGUUGCUGUAACAUCAGGUCUCCCCAAACCAACUGCCGUGCUUCACAUUUCCUAUCCAGCUCGUCGCAGACGUCAGAGAUACAAUUUCAGCAUUGUCCAAGGCAAUGAAGAAGGAAUUUUUAUGAUCAAGCAGCAUUCCAUGUACAUGCCUAGAGCUCAAUUAGUUGUGACUGGGAACCUCAAUGGCCCAAGUCGUCACACAGUGAAAAUUGAUAUGGCGACGUACCAACCAAACGGCAAGAUGCGUGAUAGUCGAAUGCUUACCAUCACCAUUUUCACAUCAAUGUACGAUUUCUAAACUUCAAUCACAAAAAGUUAUUUUGAAUCAGACAAAAACUUGAAUCAGUGUUCCAAAGUUCUCCUUAGAGCUUAAUUUGAACCAAACUUAAACGAAUGCUGUUUUACACAACCAUGCAUGAAGGUGAAGUUUAAAAUACCUCAACUUAACAGUGAUAAACUGGCUUGAUUGUUUUUGUUCCUGAUCAUGUAUAUACAUGAACGAGACAUUUUUUUGGAAGAAUUCUAUUUUAUAUUGAGCAUUUUAUACUAUUUUUAUGAUACAAUUUUUACAUUCAUGUCGUAAGAAAGUGCCGAAAACCUUUUUGCCACAAAAACCCAAGGUGAAAAAUGCUGACAAAAGAUUUUAAGCCGUAAUGUCUUACCCACAGACACAGAAGACAAGGAAAACUUCACAAUAUUGAAACUUAUCUUUCAGCAUACUUUCAUAUAAAGAUACUGUAUCGUUUUUUAUUAUCAACACUAUCAAACAUAUUAACCCAUUCAUCAUAAUAUCUGCUGUUUUUUUUUAUUAAACACCACCCUAUCAGAUGCUUGCCACAAUAUCUCAUCUUGCCGCGUUUUAAGGGUUCUACCAAGAGGCUGAAAUCAAUGAAGUCUCUUGUUGCGAAAGGUAUUAGUGAGGGAUAAAUUAUUUUGCUGUGCAAGAUUUUAUGUCCUUCAAUUGUCAACGUUUCCAACAUAUAAAAAGUAAUUACACAGCUAAUAUUACUAACACUUAUAAUAACUUUGUCCAUUUUUUCUCAACAAUAACGGUUGUUUCGCUGAGCGAACAGCCUAAUUGUUGAAGAUCAGGUGUAGAAGGGGCAAAGUGUAUAUUUUGCAACUAAAUGGAUAGGGGAUACCAUUCUGAUUUGUGAAUAGUUAUUCCAAUAUUAAACACAAAAGUUCUGAUUUUUAAUAUAUUUGAGUCACACAGGAAGAAAAUUUAAUAUAGAAAAUCUACAUAGUUUGAUAUAUCAGAAUUAUCCGUCGUAACUAUUUUGAACAAUAGCAGCCAUAAUAUAAUAGCAAGUGCUAUAUACAGUGUACUAUCUUUCUACCCGGUACAUCAAAAAUGUGAUAACGUUUUAUACAUACAAUAUCAAACAGCUGUAGAAUAUCUCUUCCAUGCUUUCUGUAUGUUCUGUUUUGCUAUAUUUACUUUAAUGUUAUUAUUAUUAUAGAUAAUAAUUAACCAAUUUCUGAUGAUUGUACGUUUGUAUGUUUUUCAAAAAAUGAAGUCUGAUUUUCUUUAAUAAAGUUUAACCUUGUAUAA